UGACACUGAGAGAAAGAGAGAGAGAUGGAGAAACAGGUGGAGUCUGCUGUCGUCAUGGCAACCCACCGUUUUCCCAUAUAAGGCAACUGAGUGAUAUCAUAUGGUUGGCAAUGCCUGGGCUUUGGAAGGAGGCACAUGCUGUACUGAGUGAGAGGCAACAGCAGCAGGGGAGAGAACGUGCGACAGGGAGAGACGGAGGGAGGUUUUUUUUUUUAGCGUUUGUGUCAGGGACGAGGGGCGAGAGAGGGUGACGGACAGAGAGAGAGAAAGAGAGAGAGAGAGAGGGGAAGGGACAGGAGGGAGGAGGAGGAGGAGCAGGAAGAGAUGCUAACUGCCUCUGAGGCGCUACUACGGGUACCAGCGAGGGGGGACUCUGGCGGAUCCUCAGGGCGCGGGAAAGACACAGAGCCGCAGUGAAAAAAAAAAAAAAGAGAGAAAAGAUGGAGAGGGGGGAGGAGGAAGAGGGAGGCGUGUGGAGCGGGAGGAUGCGCCAGGCGGCCGCCGACAUGCUCAUUAAGUAGCAACGCAACAACCAAACUACUGGAGCUUCAAGACUCGCACCCCACGUGUGACACGACUCAGCCCGACACAGCCGGCUCUUGCUGACCAGACCAGCAGGGUAUCCUUUGCGUCAGCUGAAAAUCUGGAGACCAUGUCGGAGCCUGAUAUCCCCAUCGGCUUUAACCGGAUGAACCGGCUCCGCCAGAGCCUGCCGCUGGCUCGCUCGUCCAGCCAGGCCAAGCUGCGGGCGCCAGGGAUCUUGUUCCUCCAGCUUGGGGAGGAGACUCGCCGGGUGCACCUGACCCACGAGCUGACCAGCCUGGAUACUCUGAGGGCGCUCAUUGUGCACAUGUUCCCCCAGAGGCUCACCAUGGCCAUGCUCAGGUCUCCCAGCACAGCUCUGUUGAUCAAAGAUGAGACCCGUAACGUCUUCUACGAGCUGGAGGACCCGCGGGACGUCCAGGACCGCUGCGUUAUUAAGAUUUACUGCAAGGAGCCAAUUUACGGCACCUACCCCGGACACCAACACCCACACCUGGCUAACGGAGACCUGCGGAGGGAGAUGGUGUAUGCACCUCAGGACUCUCCGCCUAACCGCCGCCUCAGCAACCCGCCCAUGUCUUCCCAGCAUUCAUCUUCCUCUGCCUCCCCUCAAGGCUCGCCGUCCCGCGCCCGCCUCCUCUACAGCGGCGGCAGGCCUUCUUCCUACGCCGGGCCACCGCACCACACCCACUCCCUGCCGCACCCACACCAACACCCGCACUCCCAGUCCCACCACUCCUCUCCCCACCAGCAGCCACAGCUCCACCAGCCCCAUCACACCCAGCAGGCCUUCUGUGCCUCUUCCAGCGCCAUCCUGGAGCGCAGGGACGUGAAGCCUGAUGAUGAAUUGGGAGGAUCCAGGAGCAUGGUGCUGCUGCGGGGAGACGAACGAGGAGGAGGCGGCAUCUACGCAGACCCCUACUCUCUGGGCCCCGACACAAGUCGGCUGAGUCUCGCAGGAGGGCCUCACUCCCCUCUGCCAGCCAGAGCAGACCCUUAUGGCUCCUUAUACCGCCGUGGAGGAGGCGGAGGAGGAGGAGGAGGAGGAGGAGGAGGAGGUGCUGGAUCCAUGCGUUCACUCACCUCCUAUUCAGCAGCCGCUUUACAAGGAGAGCUGAUGGAGACCAGUGCUCUGUACAGACCAGGAGGACCACUUUAUAACGACGCCUACGCUGCAUCAAUGCUGGCCAUGGGGCUGCGGGUGCCUCCACCUUCCUCCCCACAGAAGAUACCCGACAUGAGGGAGUCCUAUGCUGGCACCAUGCCCAGCCGGGGCUCCCCUGGGAGGCAGAGUUUGAGGAGGGACUCUGUCACCUCCUCUGUGUUUGGGGACAGUCCCAAAGCUCGGGGCCAGGGCUCAGCGCUCGGUCUCACCUCAGAGCAGCUCUGCCUGAUGGCCGGUCCUGGAGGGGAGGGAGGGAGCGCCGGAGGCUUCGGCUCCCCUCUGCUGGGAAAUGAAACGGAGACAAGGGAGCGUAUGGAGGCCAUGGAGAAGCAGAUAGCGAGCCUGACCGGGCUGCUGCAGAGAGUACUGAGCAGAGCGCCCGAGGCAGAGAGCCCGGAGAAGAUUGAGUCAGCCAGUGACUGCUCAGGAACUGACACUGGACGAACUAAAAAAAAGAAAGCUUUGACACCAUCUGCUCCCUUGGCCCUGAUGCCACCUCCACCCUCGGGGGCCAACCAGCCUGUGACGGUGUCCCGUCUGCAGAUGCAGCUCCACUUACAAGGCCUGCAGCAGAACACCAACGCGCUGCGCAAACAACUGUCGCAGCUGCGCAACAUGCAGCUGGAGAACCAGGACUCAGUGUUGUCCCUGCUGAGGCAGACGGAGUCCGAGCUGAGCCUCAUGAUGCUGGACGCCAUGCGCACACAGGAGGACCCGCUCCAGAGACAGCGCCUCCUGGUGGAGGAGGAGAGACUCAAGUACCUGAACCAGGAGGAGCUGCUCAUCCAGCAGCUGCAUGACCUGGAGAAGUCGGUGGAGGAGCUGCAGAGGAACUCGUCGGUGAAUCACGGCCUGGUGACGGAGCAGGAUGUGGAGCAGAAGAGCAAAGAGCUGAGGAUGCUGGGUGAGACGCUCACUGAGCUCAAAAACCAGUUCCCCAGCCUGCAGAGUAAGAUGCGGGUGGUGCUGAGGGUGGAGGUGGAGGCUGUUAAGUUUCUGAAAGAGGAGCCUCACCGCCUGGACGCUCUGCUGAAGCGCUGCAACACUAUGACCGAUGCACUCAGCACGCUCCGCAGUCUCUUGUGUUCCUCCUGUAUCUACAGACAAGUGACAGAGGGAGUGUGGAAGGGCCCUGAAGACCUCUCCAGCCAAUCACAGAAGAGAUCGGAGGACAUGAGUCGCAGCUCUGACCUGGAUAUCCUCAACAGUCCUCCUCUCAGCCUCACUGACCUGAGCACCAGCGCCGGCCUGGCCAACUGGAUGCCCGUGCCCGCCGGCGACGCAGACACCUCGGGCCCCGAGCAGGACAUCCAGCCCUCGAUGACCUUCAGAAACCGGGUCCUCGACGAGCUGCCGAGUCGACGUCCUGCUGAUAAGUCUGUGUCGGCUGAAGUCAGACUGGCGGCAGAGCGGGACUGGGAGGAGAAGCGUGCCAGCUUGACCCAGUUCAGUGCCCAGGACAUCAAUCGCCUGCUGGAAGAGACCCAGGCCGAGCUGAUGAAGGCCAUCCCGGACCUCGACUUCGCUGCCAGGCACAUCAACAAGCCCGCAGUGCCCCCCAAGCCCCAGAUCACCAUCCCAAUAACCUCCACCACAGCGACUUCUCCUGCGGCGGGGACCACUGGGACCACAGCCACCACCACGUCAACCACCACACCCAGCGGGGACCAGCAGCCUGGCAAAGUGCAGCUGGCUGCCCAGAAGCUGAACAGCAUGGAGGGGGCUGGUUCACAUCGAGGGUCGGUGGAUCUCAAUGUGGCCAGGUAUCGCACAGAGAAACCCUCCAAGUCUCCGCCCCCACCUCCACCUCGCAGAAGCUUCCCGUCUGCACACGGCCUCACCACCAACCGCACCGGAGAGGUCAUCGUCACCAACAAGAACAUGAAGAUGGAAGAAGAUGGCGAGAUGCCCAAAACUCUGGUGAAGCUGAGGCGGACCCCCUGUGACACGCCUCGACCUGCCUCGACCCCGCCUGUGAUCGCAGCAUCCGCCAUUCAAGACGACGACAACGAGGAAGAGAAGAUUAUCGCCGAGCUGGAGAUAUUUCAGAGAGCACCUGUAAAAGAUUGUAGUAAACAGUACAGCACCCAACCAAAGGCCACCCCCACCCCUCCCUGCACCUCUGGCACCCCAGGCAGAAAGAACAGCACUAAUUCUCCGGGGCCGAUGAAGGGCCCCACCGUUGCAGCCAGGCUCAAACACCUUCAGCAGGGCAGCCUGGAGAGGCCCAAAACCCGCAAGCAGAAAGAGGAUUUCCCCAAAGUCCAGGGCCAGCAGCAGUGCUGAGAUUUUUUUCUCCUUCUUGUGCUACAGCAUAAACGCUGCUCAUCCCUCUGGCCAAUCACCAUCAGUCUCGCUGAUGUUUCCCCGCGCUGCUUUUUCUUCACAUCAUUCUGGUCUGUGAGCCAGUCUCCCUCUCUCUCUCUCUCUGUCUCUCUCUCUGUUGCUUUGCUUCCUUCAUCCUCUGUCUGCUUCCCAGGUCUCAGCCGGACUAAUAACGUGAGGAGCGAGUUCUCGGAUCAUUCUGGUUUUGGACUCGAUCCUAGUUCAGACCGUGAAAGUGUGAGACUUUGUCAUGUGAAUGAUUUGUCAGCAGCUAGAGGUCAAACUAGGAGCCAGGGACGAUGAUACCAACAAUAAUUAGUUCAGAUUAUCAGAUUUCUGCCUCAUCACUCUGCAGCUCUGCCUCACAUCAGAUAAAGAGUCAGACAUUUGGAAGUAAUUGCAUCGGCUCUGGACCUGCAGUAUGAAGCACUUCUAACAUCCACCAUAUCUAACAAUCCAACAUCUGUGUCCCACUCACAUACUGCACACUAAUCCUGAGCAGGUUUUGAGUCCAAGUCAGAAUUUAAACUUGUUUUGCAACAGUUAGGAUGGAAAAGAUUUCAUUUUGCACAAAGUUCAGGAAGUUGCAAGAAUGAAAGACUUCUGGUCACUAGUUUUGAGUCAAAGCAGUCCAAACAUGCUGGAUCCUACACUUCCCAUAAUGCAACUUGGUAGCAUAUUUGUUUUAGGCGACCAGCACUUCAUCAGAACUGCUCGUCAGUUACCAGAGGUCAGUCCACACCUUUCUGAUGUUGGAUCAUUUCUGUAACAUUAUGAAACCAAUGAUCCGACAGUCCGUCCCUCUGUGAGGAGGUGAGAAAGGAUUUGAGCUGCUUCUUCGUUCUUUACACAAGUAUUUCCAUCACUUUUCAUGUGAACAACCGAGGUCAACACUGUCGGCAUUAUUGUGUCUGCACCACAGGAACUAGGAACAGUCGUAGUUCUUAAGCUGCUUUCACACCGCCACGAGGUAACCGCCCUGACAACCCCUGCAAGAACGUGUCUCCUGAAAGCAAAGUGUUUUUAAAAGCAGCUUCGGUCCACAGCUGCGACGACAGGCAGGUGCUUCAGUGAACAGGCAGAAGAGCGAGCUAGCAUGUAGCUGCAAACUGUAGCAGGACAACAAGAUUUCUACAUAUUCGGACAUUUUACCAGUCAUCUGAGAUUUGGUGGAAAUGUUACCCCAGGAUCCUCCAUGUUGUCUUCUUCCUGCUUUCGUGAUGUCCGCUAUUUGAUCAGCCAAAGCCAGACAGCAACCGCCAGAAGUUACACUCUGUGCAGCAUCUGUGCACAUUCAUGUGGGCGGUAACCACUUUAUACCCCUACCGCCGUACUCAAAACCACUUCCUCUCUGCCACCUUCCCCUCAUUGAAAUGACUGAGGGCGACAGGUUACCAUGCGGCGAUGUGAAAGCCCCAUUAGAACACAGUCUUUAACCUCCUAUUUCGGAGGCUGUACUCUCCCAGCACAAAAAGAACGAAAGAAGAGUGUCGUAAGUGUACGUUGAUUGGUCGAACAACAGACAACACACGACACAAACAACAGCUUAUAAUGAAAAACAAGGAAGAAAACACAGACAAAUGGACUGACAGUGAAGUCCAGGCUUUACCGAGCAUAAUCCAAGUUUAACAGGCGGCUUACGUCACUUACACACAUUAAACACACAUUAAGCACACGUUAAACAUGGCUUAAUAGAGACAGUGUCAAACACAAAUCAGCUUCACU